AUGUCGUCUACUGAAGGCCCUUCACUCGUUGAAAGGCGACGAACCCGGAUUUUCGACUCCCAAAAGAUAAAAAAACAACAUAAAUCCCUGGCACCAAACGGGAGCAAGAACGACCAUGAUAACAGAAACUCUGAGCCGAUAAGUCUCAACAAAGGCAAACCGAUAGAUCGGCCAGAGUCUUCGGAGAAGCGACAUAACCAAAAGGAGAAGGGAUUCGACCUUGAAGAGCUACUGGGUCAAGCCGACUCACCAUUCACGGAGGAGAUUAUGAGAGAGAAGGUCCCUCCAAAAUUCAAGCUACCCACGGUGAAACCAUUCGACGGGAUGACCGAGCCAGUGGACCAUCUAGAUGCUUAUCGAGAAUGGAUGGAUAUCUACGGAGUGUCGGAUGCGAUCAGGUGCCGGGUAUUCUCGACUACGUUAAACGGGUCGGCCAGAAUAUGGUUCCGACAAUUAAAACGAGGGUCAAUCUCGAGUUUCAAGAGCUUGGCCAGAGCAUUCAUGACCCAAUUUGUAGGGGGACGGUGUCGAAGCCGACCGGUGGCCUAUCUUUUAACUAUUAAACAGAGGACGGCAGAGAGUCUGCACGACUAUGUAGCUCGAUUCAACGAGGAGAAGCUGCAGUUAGAAGGCCUUACAGACGCUGUAUCUCUGCUGGCCUUCAUGUCCGGCGUCAGGGAUGAGCAUUUGUCAUUUUCGUUUGAAAAGAGAACACCGAGUACCUUCUCGGAGGCACUGAGCCGAGCUCAGAGGUACAUGAGCGCUAGUGAGUUUUGUUACUCAAAAAGGGAGCCAGACGGAAAGCGAACCGACCAAAAGAGGGAGAGGUCGGGAGAUAAACCACAGGGGUCGAGAUGGGAGAAGAGGGAUCGAGGUAGCCAGAAAGAUCCACCCCGAAAAUUUUAA